UUAUCAGGGACUGGUCUCAGGGAGCCGGGGAGCGUCGCGCUGCCCAGGAGAGGGGGUAGCCCCCGCUGCUGCCCAGGUGUCUGUGACACGCAGCGGGAGCCGGGGGCAGAGCCAUGGCCCGGGAGCUGAGCCAGGAGGAGCUGCUGGAUUUCCUCUGCCAGGCUGGGGGGCGAGUGACCAACGCCGCCUUGCUGGGGCACUUCAGGCGCUUCCUGCGGGACCCCGGGCCGGCCGGGCAGGUGCAGCGGCGCCGGGAGCAGUUCAAGAGCCUGGUGAACUCGGUGGCCACGGUGCGGCAGGAGGCGGGCGGCGGCCCCAAGUACGUGGUGCUGAGGAAAAGGUACCGGGACCUGCUGGGCGAGGAGCUGGGGCCACCUGCCGCGGAGCCGCCCCCAGGGCCCGGGCGGGGCCAGGGGCAGGGCCUCGCCGGUGCCUCCCCAGGGAAGGAGGCGGCUCCUCCAGCCGCCCGGCCGGGGAGCGGAGCGGGCUCCCCGGGAGGCCAGGGCGGCGGGGCGCACGCCGGGCUCCGGGAGCAGCAGCGCCCGGCACCCCCCGGCCGCCUCCCCCGGGAUCAUCCCCGUGUCUGCCCGGGCGGAGCGGGCCGGGGGGCUCCCGGCCUCCGCCAGGCUAACUCGGGGAGGCAGGGAGCGGAGCCGCCUCCUGCCCCGGCUCGGGCCGCCGGCGGCCAGGGUCCCCCCCCGGAGCGCUGCGCCCCGUGCCCGGAGCUGCGCCCUCCCCGGGCUGCCCUGCGCGCCCUCCCUGGGCUGCCCUGCGCUCCCGCCGGGCUCCAGCAGCAGCAGCGGAUCCAGGAGUGGGUGGAGAGAAGCCGGGAUGCGGGGCAGGCGGCCCGGGACAGCUGCUCCGCUCCUCGCUCGCCCGACGGCACCUGCCCCGGCCCGGCCCGGCCGCUCCCCGCGGCUGGCUGGAGAUACCCCCCGCCCGUCUUCAGGAGCAUCCGCUGCCAGCUGGCCCUGCAGGACCUGGAGGAUUUCGUGGAGCAGGCGAGCCCCGGGAGCGAAGAGGGCGGUGGCACCGGCAGCGAGGGGAGCGACUCCCCGCAGGAGGCGGGGGACAGGGGUGCCAGCCCCGCCGGGGGAGCAGGCGAAGCGCCCAGGGACCCAGGGGCGCUAGACUCACGCUGCCAGCAGCUCAGCAAUGGGGCACCCAGCGACCGCAGCCAGCGCAGAGCCAACCGGCAGGUGGUGGAGGUGAAUGGCACCGCGCCCUGCACCCACCACUCCUUCAGGAGCAAGAGCGCCCGCGGGAGCAGCAGGGUGUCCUCCUCCGAGGAUGAGCUGAGGGAGCAGGACCAGGGGAGGAGAGGCCGCCGCCGGCGGAGGUCCAGGAAGAUGGCCAAGGGGGCAAUACUGGCUUCCCCAGGUGUGGACACUCCCCUCACUUUCCAGUACUUGGGCUCUGUGCAAAGACAGAUUUGUGGGCCCACAGAGGAGGCGCUGCCAGUUCCCCAGAGGCCUCUGGACCCCGGGCCCUCCUCCGUGCCCCUAGACCCCAGGGAACACAACUGGAUUGUCAUGGUGGCUGCUGGCUCCUGGGUGCAGGUCCAGGCACUCUUCCUGGAAGAUCCCCAGCUUGCUUUGCAGAGGGACUUUAUCUCGGGCUACACCGCCCUUCACUGGAUCGCCAAACAUGGAGCCAGCCAAGUGCUCCAGGACUUGGUCAGCGGGGCCGAGAAAGCGGGCACCCCCCUGGAUGUGAAUGUGAAAUCCAGCUGUGGCUACACCCCAUUGCACCUCGCGGCCAUCCACGGACACCAGAGGAUCAUGAAGCUGCUGAUCCAGAAGCUGAACUCCAAGGUCCAUGUGCGGGACAGCAGUGGGAAGAGGCCUUGGCAAUACCUGAGCAGCUCAACCUCUGGAGAAAUGUGGCAGCUGCUGGGCGCUCCCAAGGGCAAGACCAUCUUCCCUACCCAGCCCUUAGUCAGACGCUCCUCACCCCCCAGAAAGGCCAAGAGCCAGGAGGUGGCCAGGAGCAUCAGCAGGAAAACCUCCCUCGCGGCCUGCCUGAAACCAAAGCACAUGAAAUGGAAAAUGGCUACCAAGUACCCUGCCCUGAGGGAGCAGGAGGAGUGUAGCGACUGACAAGGCAGCCGAGCCAGCCCAAAGUGGGGAGCACAUGGACAAGCCUUGGGUAGAGGCUACAGAGACCUUCUAGGCAGCUGAGGAAUCUUUGAGGGCAUUCACAUCUUCCUAACACAACACACACAGGCAACAAUCCUGCUCCUUGGGUCCUGGGCUACUUGUCCAAUGCCAGCUUUGUUCGUUCUGUUGCAUUUAUGCCAUCUACCCGUCUUUCAUAUUUGCACAGGCAAUUAUUCCUAAAUGCACCUGGCUGGCUUUUGAUAGUUUUGAAAAUUAGAGGAAUUCUCCAUUUGAAUAUUCUAUGCAACAAGUUGUGGGGUGGGGGUGGUCCCCUCCUCCCCCAGGAACUGUGUAAAACAUAUACCAUAGUUAAACCUGAAACAAGAAUGUUAAUCCUAGUUACGGUGCUGCUAUGUGUUUAGCAGUUGCACUUCAUGGUGGGUAAUGAAAACAGACCAGCUCAUUUCUGUUCUAGGUUUUCUCUCACAGGCACAAUGCUCUGAAGUCUUGGGUUGCAUGUGGGGCUGGGGGGACUGUUCCUGUUUACAGGGGCUGGUUUUUGUGUUUUGUUUUUCUUCAGUUUAAAAGAAAUAUUUCAUGGGUCUAAAGCUUUGGAAUAAUAUUCUACAAAACCUAAAUUGGGGGGGCACGUUUAGACACUGGCCCUUUAACCUUGAUGGAUUUUAAUAUUUCAAGCAAGGCCUUAACUUAAAGCCCUAGUCUCAAAGAGCGUGUGGAAAGCACCCUGCAAUUCCCAGAGGCCUUUUGUCUGUGAAGUCCCUGGCUGGGGUGGAGGGAGGAGCAGACACUCUAGGGUGUGACAUUCAUUCCAGAGCUGGUUCAUUCCAAGCCACUCCCCACCCACCUUUACAGUGUUCAGCACCCCUGGGUGUGCUAACCGCCUGCUGCUGUACCUCCCUGCUCACGUGAGAGGUGACACAUUUCAU